GAGCGGAGAUAGACGGUUGUCAGCGAGCGGAGGUCGGGUGUCGGCUGACCGGAUGAGAAGUUGUGUUUGUGGACUUUCUCGUUCGGUGUAGUUUUUAUUCCGCUUCCUUUAAGAGCAGAGAGAGGGAAGGAAAAAAACAAAACAACAACAAAACAGACCAGUAAAGACUUCCUCAAGACAUCCGCAGAGCCGCUCUAGAGCCAGAGACAGCCGAGCGCAGCCAUGGGGAACCGGGGCAUGGAGGAUCUGAUUCCCCUGAUCAAUAAACUCCAGGACGCCUUCAGCUCCAUCGGGCAGAGCUGCAACCUCGACCUGCCGCAGAUCGCCGUUGUCGGCGGGCAGAGCGCCGGUAAGAGCUCCGUGCUGGAAAACUUCGUGGGCAGGGAUUUCCUCCCUCGUGGCUCUGGGAUUGUGACCAGGCGCCCCCUCAUCCUGCAGCUAAUCAAUGCAAAAGCAGAGUAUGCCGAGUUCUUGCACUGCAAAGGGAAGAAGUUUGUGGAUUUCGAGGAAGUCCGGCAGGAGAUCGAGGCGGAGACGGACAGACUUACCGGCACAAACAAAGGAAUCUCAUCCGUUCCCAUCAACCUGAGGGUCUACUCCCCCAACGUGUUGAACCUCACUCUCAUUGACCUGCCUGGGAUCACCAAGGUGCCUGUGGGAGACCAGCCGGUGGACAUCGAGCACCAGAUCAAAGACAUGCUGCUGCAGUUCAUCAGCAGGGACAGCUGCCUCAUCCUGGCUGUCACCCCGGCUAACACCGACCUGGCCAACUCCGACGCGCUCAAGAUCGCCAAGGAGGUGGACCCGCCAGGCCUGAGGACCAUCGGAGUGAUCACAAAGCUGGACUUGAUGGAUGAAGGGACCGACGCGCGAGACAUCCUGGAAAACAAGCUGCUGCCGCUGAGGAGAGGCUAUAUCGGAGUUGUCAACAGGAGCCAGAAGGAUAUUGAUGGCAGAAAGGAUAUCCGGGCUGCCAUGGCAGCAGAGAGGAAGUUCUUCCUCUCGCACCCGGGGUACAGGCACAUGGCAGAGCGCAUGGGCACCCCUCACCUGCAGAAAACCCUCAACCAGCAACUGACCAACCACAUUCGAGAGACUCUGCCUGCGCUGCGGAAUAAACUGCAGAGUCAGCUGCUGUCACUGGAGAAGGAGGUGGAGGAGUACAAGAACUACAGACCCGACGACCCCACCCGCAAAACCAAGGCUCUGCUGCAGAUGGUCCAGCAGUUUGCAGUGGACUUUGAGAAGAGGAUCGAGGGUUCGGGAGAUCAGGUCAACACAAUGGAGCUGUCAGGAGGGGCUCGAAUCAACCGCAUCUUCCACGAGAGAUUCCCCUUCGAGCUGGUCAAGAUGGAAUUUGACGAGAAGGAACUCCGAAGGGAAAUCAGCUAUGCAAUUAAGAAUAUUCACGGUGUCAGAACCGGCCUGUUCACUCCAGACCUGGCUUUUGAAGCCAUCGUCAAAAAGCAGAUUAUUAAACUGAAAGAACCAUGCCUGAAAUGCAUUGAUCUGGUCAUUCAGGAGUUGAUCAAUACGGUCAGGCAGUGUACCAGCAAGUUGGGCUCGUAUCCACGGUUACGGGAGGAGACGGAGAGGAUCGUCACGACGUACGUCCGGGAACGGGAGGGGAAGACCAAGGAUCAGGUCCUCUUGCUGAUUGACAUCGAACUGUCUUACAUCAACACAAACCAUGAGGAUUUCAUCGGCUUUGCCAACGCUCAGCAGAGGAACAUGCAGGCGAACAAGAAACGAGCCAUGCCGAAUCAGAGCUCGGGCCUUUCCCACUCAAGGCAAACUGUGAUUCGACGCGGGUGGCUGACCAUCAACAACAUCAGCAUCAUGAAGGGGGGCUCUAAGGAGUACUGGUUCGUGCUGACCGCUGAGUCUCUGUCCUGGUACAAGGACGAGGAGGAGAAAGAGAAGAAGUACAUGCUGCCGCUGGACAACCUGAAAAUCCGAGACGUGGAGAAAGGGUUCAUGUCAACGAAGCACAUCUUCGCAAUCUUUAACACUGAGCAGAGGAAUGUCUAUAAAGACCUGCGACAGAUUGAGCUGGCUUGCGAUUCCCAGGAGGAUGUGGACAGCUGGAAAGCUUCUUUCCUCAGAGCUGGGGUGUACCCUGAAAAAGACCAAGCAGAGAACGAUGAGGCGGGCCCAGUCGACACCUUCUCAAUGGACCCCCAGCUCGAGAGGCAGGUGGAGACCAUCCGCAACCUGGUGGACUCCUACAUCGGCAUCGUCAACAAGUCCAUCAGAGACCUCAUGCCAAAAACCAUCAUGCACCUCAUGAUCAACAACGCGAAGGACUUCAUCCACUCGGAGCUCCUGGCGUACCUGUACUCCUCCGGGGAUCAGACCAGCUUGAUGGAGGAGUCCGUGGACCAGGCGCAGCGCAGAGAUGACAUGCUGCGCAUGUACCACGCCCUGAAGGAGUCGCUGAAGAUCAUCGGUGACAUCAGCACCACCACCGUGUCCGUGCCGGCCCCCCCGCCCGUCGAUGACACGUGGAUGCAGAAAGACCCCAGCCCGAACCUUCAGCACAGACCUGCAGGGGGCGUUCCGCCACCCAGCCGGCCCCCCGCAGUGAGGGGACCCACCCCCGGCCCCCCCCUCAUCCCCACCCCUGCCUUUGGGGCUCCUCCAAUCCCCUCGAGGCCUGGCCCCCAGCCCGCCUACGGCUCGGCCAGUCAGGACCCGUUCAGCGCCCCGCCUCAGAUCCCCUCCCGGCCGGCGCGUAUCCCUCCCGGCGUGCCCCCCGGCGUCCCCAGCCGAAGACCUCCAGCUGCUCCCAACCGCCCAACCAUAAUCCGGCCGGCAGAAUCUUCCUUACUAGACUAAACACUGGGAGACCCGCAGACAGGCAGGCAGGCAGACAGACAGACAGACAGACAGAGCUGUGCAGACCGUGACUGGACAGGAGGGCCUCAGGGACCUCCUGGUUAAAAUCACUGCUGUUUUGUUUAUAAAGUGGGUUCCAACAAAUAAAAUAAACAGUUCAAUGAGAUUUGAGCUGCAUACAUGUCUUCAGAAGACCAGGAAAUUCAAUACAAAUAAAACAUUUUAAAAAAUAUCUAUUUUUAAACCCGAAAUGCAAAAAAAAAAAAACCUUCUGUUUUUUUUGUUUUUUUUACAUCAGAUUUCCUGGGAAUUUUUCAGUGUUUCUUUAAAAAAAAAAAAAGUGAAAAUUAAAAACUGGAGGAAAAUAAUGAAGUUUUCCAGGUGAAUAAGCAGCUUACCUGCUGGUAUGGUUUGUGAAUGCACUCCUAGGUUAUGUUAAGCAGCCAGCCCAACAAUAUGUUAAAACUAUUUUCUUAUUGACCUGAAUCGGUCAGGAUUUCCUUGGUUGAAAUGAUGCUUGGUGAGCUGGGCCAAAUUCUUGGUGAAAAUCAGUAAAUAACGACAAUAGCCUUUUUAUAAAACCCAGGAAUUGUUCAGUCAAACAAAAACUAAGGCAGCCUUUAACCCUGUUGCAAACGCACGUUUCCAGCAGUGUUUGUCCAAACAUGAGAAUUAUGAGAAACGCUGUGACCUACAAACAAUACAGAGCUUUUGAAUUGGGCAAGCCAGCUGGAAGCCAGCAUGCCCGGAUAUUUAAAGCUGCCCUCCCAAGGCGUGUGUCUGCCAGCCCUCGUUAGCAAGACCCCCGAUCUGAUAACCUGCUAAGCGUCUAGUUCUGUGAAGCUCUCCCCACCGUUAAUUGAACAUGAAAACACUUUAGCGACUUCAGCCUUCAAUUCUUGUUGAUACUGUGUUUUUUUUUUCUAAUCAAUUGAACAUAGGUUAUAAUAUUCAUUUCUACAAUUUUCUUCCUCCUUUUUUUUCUAGCUUUAAGGAAUUCUAUAUUAAAUAAAUACACAGAAGCCAGCAUCGCAGAAAUCAACACAUGAUAGAAUCGCGAUUUUGUAAAUCUGAAUCUGAUCUGAUUUUAUGAAAAAAAAUCACGAUUUUAGGGAAUUCAUUUUCGAACUGGAGAUUUUUCGGUCAAGUGGAUUUUCAAAAUGCAUCUGCAGUGAGGAUAUGAAUUUUAGAACAGCAAAUGUGAAGCGUUCUCAGUUUUUGAACACACUGCAACCCCCGCCCCAAAAAACAAUUAUAUAGCUGUCUUUGCAGAGCAGCCUUUGCAGUAGUGCUAUUCUGGAUGAAAAAUGUAAAAUACUGUAUAAUAAUAAUAAUAAUAAUAAUAAUAAUAAUAAUAAUAAUAAUAAUAAUAAUAAUAAUAUUUUUUAAUGGUCAUGUGCUUUAAAAACUACACCAAGCUCUUAACACACAGAAAGGACCUGAAUAAUAAUGUGUUAUUUUCACACAGUGCCUUGACAUAGUGAGUUUGGAUUGAGUUAGAUUGAAACCCAACUUCAAUUAAUAAACAUAUGCAUCAAAUCAAAACAAAAUGUGCGUGUCCGUGUUAAUGCACGUUGCUCAUUUUUAUUAUUAUUAUUAAAAUGAUUUAAAUGAAUAAUUAAAAAUAGAUAAAAAAAUAAACUUAUUUGGGGAAUAUACCCUUUUUUUAAAACGUAGAGAAAUGGGGGAGAUAAUAUGUUUAGUUUAUCUUAAUGUGAUCUUAAUGUGACAGCACUCCAAAUUUCGGUCAUGCAUAGCAGUAUCUGUUUUCAUAACAAUGUAAUCGGGUGUAUAUAUUUUCAAAAGUACCGGUAUUUUCUUUUGACUUUCAGGAUAGCCAGUGUAAAAGUAAAGCUUUUGAGUUUAUUUUUCAAGUCAGUUUACCUCAAGCAAAAAAAACACAAAACAUUGCAAUUGUACAGUACUUACCAGAGCAGAAAACUUGAACAUUCAGCAGUGAGAGAGUGUUAUUGCUGCCUUGCGACACAGGGGGGCGCUGUCUGCAUGUCACAACCUGUCUAGGUGCUCAGUGUGGCCGCUCUUGGGAUGACAUCAUCAUCCACGUGGAAUUGCAAGCGCUUCAUGGCGAAGGACAACUUGAUCUGGAUGAUUUGCACCCGUAAAUAUUACACACCCGACAGCGCUGGGUGUAGAAAUGCUGAAAGACUUCUUAACGAAACUCCUGUCAUUGAAUUUCCUUUCGUGUUUCUGAAAUGGGUGACGUACAGGUUGUUUGUUUGUGUCCAGGUCGAACCUGCUAUGCAAAAGACUUGCGACACAGCGCCCCCUAAAGUAUGACUCGAAAUAACAUUCUCUCUGGCUAUUGCGUUUUUUUUUUAAGUUUCUAAAGCCUUGUUGUUGAUUUUUAACUUUUAGGCAGAAAUAACACCUACAGAUUAUCAAGGGCUGCUUUUUAUGCAAUAAAUAUACCUGUAAUAAGUAUUUUUGCUUGACAUUUAUUCAAUUGAGAAUGACUACUUUGAGUUAAGGGCAUUUUUAAAAAAAAAUGUUGAUCCCAAAUACCCACUAGAUGUGCAGUAAUCAAAUUCGGUAUCUGUAGCAAUCGCUCAGGCACAAGGCUGCUUUUGAAAGAGAUUUUUUAAGAGGGAGAAACAUUUAAAAUAAAGGGGGGUGGGGUGGGGGUGGGGGGGGGACUAAUUCAGUGUGUUCUGUUUUUAAAGCCUGGUAUUUAUUAAAAGUACUUUGAGACUCUUUUGAUUAUUUUUAACUGGGGUGUUUUCUUUUUGGAGUAAAUGAGUCAUGAACAGCAUACAGAUCUGGAAAUGGAUUGUAUUACAGGGGACUGGGGGAAGCAUCUUGCCACAGCGAAUUCCAAAACGGAACAUCGGGAGAUCCGGAAAAGUAUCCCAAGUACUGACAAAGUGAUCUGAAAUCUUGACUACUUGAAAAAGAUGAAUCAUCUUUACAAAAAAUCAUCUUUAUAAAUAAAUAAAUUCUGCUUUUAAAUUGUGCAACCCUAAAUUCUAAACGUCUAGGAAACACGUUUAAAUUUGAAUCAAUCAGAAAUGAGAAGAUCUCUUUAAUAUAAAAAUAUGUUCCUCAGACAGUGGAGAAAUACUAGAUGCGAAAUGAAUUGGUCUGUUCGCUCACUGCUAUGCAAGGGUGACGCCUGCGUUUGACCUGCGUGUUUUUCACAAUGGUUGACCCGCUUGGACAAAAUGUUGAAAGGUUUAAAAACUUGACCCACCCCUAGUUCUCCCCCAAAGCCCAGUUUCUACAGAGCAAUGCAAACCUAAUGGGGGUGGAAAGCACAGCCUUGCCUUGUGUUCUGUUCACAAACGCUCUGAGGACUGGCCUUGCUGUUCAUUGACCAUGGAGAUGUCUUUAAAAAAAAAAAACUAGCUCCCCCCUUCCUCUAGGUAUUGUUUCUGUGGCAAGAUCGCCCCCCCCCCCCCCCCCGCGUCCUCUCACAAUGUGUAGAGUAUUGAGAUGCCUCCUUCUCUCCCUCCCUCCCUCGUUCUGUUUCCUCACUGUGUGUAUUUUGAUUUGAAAUCCUUCACAGGUGUCUCUGUUUGAAUAAACUGUAAGUGCCUCUGUAGCUAUUAAUAAAAGCAUCUAUAAUAAAAGGGAAUGUCUCUGUGGUG